AUGGGUUAUCUAAAAUGUCAUAGGAACUUCAAACUUACAUACAAUCGUGGAAAAUUACCAGAAUCAGAAUCGAUAUUGGAAUGCUUCUGUGAUGCGUCGUUUGCACCAGACAAGGAUAGAAAGUCAAUUACAGGAUAUGCAAUUUACUACAACGGAAACUUGAUUGAUUAUUACACGAAGAAACAACCCAAAAUAAGUGACAGUGCAGCAGCUGCAGAAAUGUUGGCAUUAGAUAUGGCAGUCAAAAGACUUAACAAGUUGAAAUCAAUUAUAAAAGAUUUAGGAUACUGUGUGGACAAAACUCACGUAUAUGAAGAUAAUGAAGCGGUCAUAACAAUUCUCAAUAACGAAUACUUCCACACACAUACACCUUUAGAUAUUACCUACAAAGCUUUGCAAGAAAAAUUGAAUAAGGAAUUCACGAUUUCGUAUAUUAGAUCAGAAGAAAACUUAGCAGAUGCGUUUACCAAAUGUCUACAUGCACCAAAAUUCAACGAGCUGAUGUCAAAAAUACUAGAGAGGCCAGAUCUCAACGGCGAAACAUUCAAUCCAUCCAAAUUAGGUAAGAUCCCAGUUGAUGCAAAUGGAUUUGAAAUUAACACUGAAGGUCAAUAA